CAAAUGGGUUUUCAUUAAAUAACCUAAAUUAGCUUUACUAUGCUUACAUAUAGUAUAAAAGAACUCCCAAUUAGUAAAUAUUAGCUUAUGUAGAUACAGCAGAAUUGAUUUGAUAUUACUCUGGAGGAACAAACCCUAUUGAAUUUCCUUUUCUAAAAUUAGAAUUGAUAAUACAUUAAUGAUCUGUUCUAGGUUUCAAAGAUAGAAUGAGAAAAAUUACACAGAAAUAUACAAUUAAAUUCUUAUGAAUAAAAUAGAUUGUCUAAAGUAAUUCCAUUAUGAAUUAUUUUUAGUUCAUCAAAUAUGUUUAAGACUAAAUUUUGAUUAUUCAUUACCUGUAAGUAGUUAUUCUAGGAUUUCAAUUAUAAACGAAACGGGAGGAUUCUUAUAUUUCUUUAAUAUUUAUCUUAACGAAAUUUAAGUUGAACAUUAAUAUAUUAUUGAAUAACAUUCCCCAUCAAAGGUAAGUUAGUCAAUUUUCAAGAUAUAAGGACAUCGUUAAAUAUUUAACAAUUAGAUAAUACGUAUCUCUUCAGGUACUUUCUCC